CUAUAAGUGAUUUCUUAGUUCCUAACAAUUAACAAACCAGACUCCUGCUUUCAUUCUACCGCCCAUGUUUCUUGACUGCGACGGAGCAUUUUUUAACGUUCCGCCGGCCCUCUCCAUCCCUCCCGUCUCCGUUUCCGUGCUCUUCUCUGUCUCUGUUUCCAUCUUUUAUCUUAUCUGGAGUCAGAAAUGUGUUUAUUUAUCGAAUCCACAUUUAGUCAACCCUUAUCGGUCUUUCCGUUCCCCUCUUCUCUGCUAAAGAAAUUUAGUACAGCUAGAUAGAGAGCGAGCAGAACAGGAAGGAUUCUCUACAAUACAGGAAUUGGGGCUACCACUUCCGCCGAAGCGAAUAUGGCGGCCCUAAACUGCAUCAGUAUCUCAGAUCCUGACAUCAAGAAAUCCGCCUCCCUCCUUAAGCAAGCAUGCCUUGAUUCUGGAUUUUUCUAUGUAAUUGAUCAUGGAAUUAGCGAAGAAUUCAUGAAUGUGGUUUUCUUUCAGAGUCGAAGAUUUUUUAAUCUACCAUUACACAAAAAAAUGGAGUUGCUACGCAAUGAAAAUCAUCGAGGUUAUGUACCCACACUAUUUGAGACUUUGGAUCCCGAAAAUCAAGUGCAAGGUUUGUUUCCUAAUCUAAGAGCUUCUGCAAAGCUACUUAUAAAUUUGUCUUUAGGUUGCUUCAUAUUGAAUGCAUUUUUAGGAAAUAAUACUCAUUGAAACAUAAAUUUACUCGCUAAAUGAAUAUAUUUUGCUUCGUUGUGUCCAGUGCACACACAAGUCAACACAUAUUUAACACCAUUUUGUUAUA